AUGGAUGCUAUCAGCUCAAAUAUAGUACAGAAAUGGAUUGACAACGUGUACCUGCCCACUAAUCGCUCCCGGAUGCAGGAAGCUCACAGGUACAUCACCAACAAGUUGAAGACAAUGAAGGUCCCUUUUCUCAGUCAUGGCUCUGGCCUCUAUAUCUGGGUCAACUUGAAAGAGUACCUGGACCCAUGCACAUUUGAGGAAGAGCAGCUCCUUUAUCGCCGCUUCCUGGACAACAAGCUCCUAUUGGCCCCUGGCAAGGCCUACAUGUGUAAGGAGCCUGGCUGGUUCCGCCUCACCUUUACGGAUAAUCCCCUCCGCCUGAAAGUCGCCAUGCAGCGGUUCUCUGAGGCGCUAACCGAUAAGAAGCAGAAUUGGAUAGAGAAACAACUGGAGGAUGCACUGGUGGAAAGUGUGUCCUCCCCGUCCACCAGGCGCUCCAGCUCAUCCUCCAGCUCAUCCUCCUUCGUAAACGUGGAUACCUCUCAUUUUUGA